CAUCCAAAAAUUCCACGCACGUGUCAACCGCACAACACAAACUCCCACCUCCCUCUCUCGAAGACAAAAUCUUUGUCCGCAGCCGCGAAAAAAAAAAAUUCAGAAAAGAGAGAAAAAAUCGCGAUUCUCUUCUUCUUUUAUCCUCUGCUUACAACCCAAGCUAAAAUUAAAAAAGACCCACUUUUUUCUUAAAGCCCCUCGUAAAAAGGAGGAAUUUUGAGGUGAGAAUCACAGGGAAUGGGGAGGUGGGCUAGGGUUUGCCUUCAGUCGACGCUGAAGGUGGUGAAUUCGAUCCUAGGGUUCGCUGGGAUGGGGAUGAUACUGUACUCUCUGUGGCUGAUUCGGGUUUGGUACCGGCAUGGCGUGCCCGAUUCGGCUUCUCCUUGGUUCAUGUACGCCUUUCUUGGUCUAGGAAUUUCACUAUGCUUGAUAACUUGCUCUGGAUACAUUGCUGCUGAAACUGCCAACGGCCAUUGCCUCUCUUGUUACAUGGUGGUUGUUUUUUUACUCCUUGCAUUGGAGGCUGCUAUUACUGCUGAUGUUUUCCUGAACAGAAACUGGGAAGAGGAUUUUCCAGAUGAUCCUUCAGGAAAGUUUGAUGAAUUCAAAGAUUUUGUGAGAUCAAAUUUUGAAAUGUGCAAAUGGAUAAGCUUGUCUAUUGCAGCUACACAGGCACUUUCUAUCUUUAUUGCCAUGGUUCUUCGAGUUCUUGGUCCUGAGCGCAUGAUCAACUAUGACAGCGACGACGACUAUGUACCUACGAGGCUUCCUCUCUUGAGAAAUCAGGCUCCACGGACAUCAUAUGUAACUGACCCCGUUUUACCUCAGAAGAAUGAAUCUUGGAAUGUUAAUUUUGAAAGUUCAUGAAAUGUGUAAUAUAGCUGACAGUAAAGCUCUGUAGUUGUAUUAUCUAUAGUUAGCUUAGCUAGUUGACACAUUGUUUGACAAAUCCUUUGUACUGUAUACAUCUUUAAUAGGUGAAUGAGCUAGAUUUGCUCUUUCCUUAACUGUGAUCUCAUUUCAGAGGGUUACUUGGGGGAAUACAAGAUUUGAAGUUAAUGUACA